CAAAGUCAAGGGUAUCAAAAGUAUUAAGGGUACCAGCAGACAUCACUUGGCGAACCCACCUCCUUUGGUGCUCAUUACAUCUGCAACCUUGAUUGUGCCCCCCCGUCUCAUCUUCCUCUACCUUAUCGGACGAAACGAUCGACCAACCUGAACGACUAACAACCUAUCUUUCGAUAUUCAUGUAUGACAGCAUCUGUCGCCUCGCCAUACUCACUUCUUUCCCUAUCAAACCUCUUCAAUCAGCCGAAAAUACGUAGUAAUGGACCGUACCACCCUCCAGACCCCCAAGAUGGGUCGCUCGCGUUUCUCAAAAGCGCUGCCUGCCCCUCCACGCGAGUUGGAGAAUGAUGUGCCACGGAUGGCGCCUCAAGAUCCUUCGUCUUUUCUAUACUCACCCUUUCCACCUAGGCAGGACAGUGUUAGUGUCAACAGUGUCACUAGUCCAGAUACUAAGCCAAACUUAAGUAAAUCGUCUCUGCCUGCGUUGCCGUCGAAUAAUACCAUGGAAGGCACUCGCCCACAAACAAGAAAGAACUCGAUUCCGAGGAAGCCGGUGGGACUGCCGGCAAAACCCACUCCAACGGCCGCAGCGGCCGCAGUCGCAAAGAAGAUGAGGCGGGUUUCUUCCAUAUCAAGCCUCUUAUCGGCAUAUUCAAAUACCUCGUCGGAUUCCGUUCAAAGAUCUUCGCAGGGAAGUAUCUAUACAAAGGAUAGCGAGCCUUCAAAUUCACCAGAGCGGGAGGGGAUGAACGAUGUGCAGAAACCUGCGAUAAAGUAUUUGCCGGAAAUCCCAAGCAACCCUUAUGCUGAUAUGGGAAUGACGGAUGAAAUGUUGGCAGCUUCUUUGCCGUCUCUGCCACCUCUCAUGGAUAUGGCCCGCUCGAAAACGCCUCCGAAUUCUCGGCCGCAGGACCAGCUCUCGGCAUCCGGGCCUGACGCACAAUUAGGAGAUCAAUCGGCAUCGUCACCAACCCUUGGAGGUAGCUCGCCCCAGAAACGAGAGAUUUGGCGUCGCCGAGCUUCGUCCAAAUCAGAUCAUAGCCUACUCGUCUCGGAACUCAAGCUAGCCGAUUCUCAUGGUUCAACUGCAUCCACCACACAACCCAUCAAUUCCGAAUUUCUCCCACCGCCACCAACAUCAGCACAAGCACCAUCACCAUCACCGGCACCACAAAUUAGCAACGCCACUUCUCCAUUACCUCCCAGAAACGCAUCACUUCCUGGAAGAAAUAUUCGCCCAAUCCGUCAACCAGAGCCACAAGGCGAAGACGAGAUGCGCAAGCUUUCGUCUAAACUCAAAGAGCUCACCAGCCGAGAUGAGGGUGGUAGAGAUGAGCCUGUCAAAAUGGAAAAGCCAGCUGCAGAGAAGUCUUCUACCAACACACCAAAAUCUUUGACAGAGACGACGGUGGAAACUCCUCUUCCGUCAGCACCGCCUGCACCACCCGCGCCAUCCGUACAAUUGUCGGGGCCCCCAAAUCAGUCCGCAGAAAAGUUAAACACGCGUCGCCCUGUCGGAGCUCCUGCGCCUAGCCAAUCGGAAGUUCAUAAAAAGGGAAGUUCAUCCGAUAUGAGGAAACAGAAUCCUGGACUACCGCGAUUUCCGCGACCAUCUCAGAGCAACUCAUCCUUGCGCUCGCCUUCAGCUUCUUAUAAUGCGCAAGAGGCUAUGAAGACCCCAGUUCUGCCGCAGCUGACUCUUUCGACACCAACGCCCUAUGCGCUACCAGCAGACUCGAGUGAACCUAUCAAGAAGUCUGACCUCUUCAAUAUUGUGACAGCGUUGAACGAACCCAGUAUUUCACCGGAUACAAGCAGCAGCCGCAAACCCACGCGCAAGGUCUCGAGAGAUGUUGAUGCGACCGCACUUAGUGACAUCGGCGAGGCUACGGAACAUAUGACUGCCGAGCAGGUGGACCGAAUUAAUGAGGCCCUCUCCCGUUUUCCUCGAAGCGCCGAUCAGACAGGUUCCCCGGCAGACACGGUAUGGCAGGCACCUCCCCUCGCCUCGCGACAUUACAACUGCUAUGUAAGCCAUGAUAAAUGGGUUGCUGUUAAGAACACGCAUUAUCCUCUAGCUUGCCAAACUUGCGGCGUCAAGGACACAAGCACACGCAAGACAUGUUCAUGGUGUAAUUUGCGCAUCUGCACCAAGUGCCAUGAGCGACUUACUGGUCCCUAUAAGUCGGACCUAAGAAUCCUCAUGGAGAAAAUGAAAAUCGAUCAGUAUGAGGAUAAACGUCGCGAGAAGGGCAAGCAGACUGCGGCCACUUAGACUAUUAGUUCCGCGCCUGCUCCUUGCGACGACACAACAUGAGCUUAUAGCCUUACUUACCUUACCUUCUUAUGUGUCUAUUCUUCAACUUCCAUCUGCUCUCUUAUUUUCUUAUUUUAUGCUAGGAACGACAGGCGGGA